UGACGAACCGUCUUUAGCUUGAGAAACAGAAAUCGUCAUUCUGGCAUCAGGCGCAAACAAGGUCCAAACAAGCUCAUGCGGUGGGCUCGUGCAUACUUCCACUUGGAGUAGCUUUGCUGUUUCGACCACAGGCUCCUAGGUUUGUACAAAUCCCUUGUGCUCUCAAAGCACUUCCAUUAGCAAGUGUCAACAUCGGAGCUUCUCACCGUCAUUCUUAUUCUUUCUCAUAGAUUAGCAGCAAGCUCUGAAUGGCCGACACGCGUCUCGACAGAAACGCUUUGCGACGGUCUCGCUCUGCCCCAGAUGUCCCAUUAGAGUCCAGUCGACAGCCUCUGACAGUAAUCCUCCCAGCCCCCAGCGAUCUCAUCAACGGUCCUCGUAGUGCUGGGCCCUCUCACUCCUUUUCGUAUGGCCAAGGAUCGGAACUAUCGACGAUUGCGCCCUCUGGAACCACCAUAGCCUCUCCGCCCACUGCCAGCACAUCUUUUCGAGAAACACAAGCAGUUAUGCGAACAACGCCAGCUGCAGCUCAAGAUCGACCUCCACCUCGGCAAUUUCACCCUCAUCGUUCGUUCAUUUACCGAGCGAUGAUCUAUUUGGGCUAUGGUCGAGGGGCAUCACCAAAUCGGAAGAUCUUUGUUUCUCUGCUAUGGAAUCUUCUCUGGGGCUUCGCUCAGAUCGUGACUAUUAUCGGUGUACUAGCUUAUGCCGCAAGCAAAGAAAGCCCGGUGAUGACCGGUGUUAACGAAUGGGCUGCGUGCAGUCGACCUUUGGGGGUGUGGUCAUGCUUAUGGAUAGGGAGAGUCUUUGUGGCCUGCAUUCUAUCAUAUUGGGGUUGGAGAAGAGACCGAACUGCACGUGAAUUACGCGAUGAUCCUGAAGCGGGAACAUCCAAUGCUAUAUCUGAAGCUUCACAUCCAGCGACCCCUCCCGACCAGUCACAAGGUCGGAAUGGACGUGCGAGUCAUCAACAUGGUUCAAAUUCUUCUGCUUCAGCAGAUACAUCCAUACUCCCUCAUACCAUCUUGUUCAGAAGAUUAUCUUUAUUUUCUUCAUUGUAUAGCUUGAGCUGGUUUCUGACCGCCCAUAUUCUCGUCUACACAUCUGUCAACUCCUGUCGAUGGUCAUCCCCACAUCUAUGGUGGCUCGUCUUCAGCAUCCUGUGCAUCACUUACUUGAUGAUCUUGGAAGUUGUCGUUUUGGGGCUGGUCAUCUUCAUCAUUGGUCCUUUCAUCUUACUUUUGUGGAAUAUCUUUUUGAUAUGCGUCGGACGCCAUCCACUUCAGAAUCCACAUAUGAUCAAGCCAGAGAUCGGAAAGCUUCCGAAAUCAGCUGUAGACCGCAUUCCACUAGUCAUGUAUAUACCACCCCCCCCAGAUGCACCACCCGCAGAAGGUCCAAUCAAGUCCCCCGAAGCAGCACACUUAUAUCCCCCGAAACCUCCGCAAGUUUCUCCCUCCCGCUCGAAAAGGCGGUUUAAAUACAUCAGAAAGUUCUCGAAGACGAAAAAGCAAAACACUGGUGACGAAAAGGAGGCUGGAGAUGGUGUUCCACACGAAAACAAGGAAGACUCUUGGGAAGACCAUUGGGAGACGGAGGGCUAUCCUUUCGUUGUUUUGGACAACAAUCGUGCUGCUUGCGCUAUCUGUCUCAUGGAUUUUGAAGAACCGAAAAGGAUAAGUAAAAUAAACGGAACUGACACUCAGGAAACACUGGCAGGACCGAAUUUAUUGACGAAUAAUGAAUCCAUCGCAGAUUCACAAAAUAUUGCCGAGGAGGAACGGGAACGCGACCCUGCUACUAUGAGAUUGGAGGAUGCUGGAGUGGGCGCACAACCGCUUCGGCUUUUGGCAUGUGGCCAUGUUUUCCAUAAAACGUGCCUUGAUCCUUGGUUGAUCGAUGUUUCUGGCCGCUGUCCUGUAUGUCAGAGACGAGUUGAGGUUUCCGAGUCGAAAAAGAAGAAAAAGGGAGCCAGAUAGUCCUCGUGAUGUCGGAACACCUGUACAUUCUAGAAAGCCAUUAACUAGCGUACUGUAUUUCUAUUUCCACAGAGUAUAUAUAUUACAAAAAAAUAAUUUAUAACUCAUU